CAAAGAAGAAAAAAGUGUAGUGGUAGAACCGUAGAAGUUGGAGGGAAGCAAUAAUUUGCCAUAAAAACCACCUUAUUAUUCUUGCUUGCUUCUGAGUUCUGAGUCUAAAGUCUAAACUCUUAAACCCAUAAUCACUCAACACUCUACUUUCUUCUUCUUCUUCUUCCCUCCAUCUCUUUCUCUCUCCUCAUUUCCCCAUUUUUGCUCUGAAAAAAAUGCAGUAACAUCAACAUUAGUUGUAACAGUAAUACACCAUAAACGCGCGAUUGUAUUAUGCAGUGGCGAAUGCGUUCUUCUCGGAUUUUCUCUCUCCUCUCUCGUCCUCAACCUCCACCUCCUCCGUUACAUCAUUCUCUCUCUCAAUUUCUCUUGUUUUCCGAUGAUUCUAAUUCUUCGACGCCUUCUAAUUCGGUUGUAGAACAAGGGUUUCAAAGAACUCCUAAUUCUAUUUCUCCUACAUUUUUGCGUGGAUUUUUGUUGCCUAAUUACUCGAAUAGGGUUUCGUCUUUUCCCCAACUUCCUCUUGAUUUCAAUCAUCACCAGCUUUCAUUUCGUCGCAAUUUUUUGACUAGAGCGAAGGAAGUGAAAAGGAUUGAAGUUAAUGAUCAACACAGUCAACGCGCUGUUACAACAGCAUUAUGGUGCAAUUUUCUUGUGUUUUCACUCAAAUUUGGGGUCUGGUGGACGACCUCUAGCCACGUUAUGCUAGCUGAAGUUGUACAUUCACUUGCAGAUUUUGCAAAUCAGGUGCUUCUUGCUUAUGGUUUGAGUAGUUCAAGGCGUGGUCCAGACGCUCUUCAUCCCUAUGGUUACUCAAAGGAAAGAUUCGUUUGGUCCUUGAUAUCUGCUGUUGGGAUAUUCUGCCUUGGCUCGGGUGCAACUGUAGUUCAUGGAUUUCAACACUUGUGGGAUUCACAGCCCCCUGAACACAUUGGAUAUGCAGCCCUUGUGAUUGGUGGCUCCUUUAUUAUUGAAGGUGCUUCUCUUGUUGUUGCGAUACAUGCUGUAAGGAAAGGCGCCGCUGCAGAGGGAAUGAAGCUUAGAGACUACAUUUGGCGUGGCCAUGAUCCAACUGCUGUUGCAGUCAUGACAGAGGAUGGUGCUGCAGUUACUGGCUUAGUUAUUGCUGGUGCGUCCCUAAUGGCGGUAAAUGCCACUGGGAAUCCAAUUUAUGACCCUAUCGGUUCAAUUAUUGUUGGCAACCUGCUUGGUCUGGUCGCAAUAUUCUUGAUUCAGAGAAAUCGUCAUGCUUUGAUUGGGAGGGCAAUUGAUGAUCAAGAUAUGCAAAAGGUCUUGCAUUUUUUGAAAAAUGACCCGGUUGUAGAUGCAGUUUAUGACUGUAAAAGUGAGGUGAUCGGACCUGGGUUCUUCAGAUUUAAGGCAGAAAUUGAUUUCAAUGGUGUUGUGCUGGUGCAAAACUAUAUUAAUCGUGCUGGGCGUGAAUCAUGGGGUAGACAGUUUCGAGAUGCUGCAAACGGAGAGGAUGAAACUGAAUUGCUCAAGGUUAUGUCGAACUAUGGUGAGGAAGUUGUGACUGCUCUAGGAAGUGAAGUGGAUAGGCUGGAAUCAGAGAUCCAGAAGCUUGUUCCUGGGAUACGCCAUGUUGACAUUGAGGCUCAUAACCCAAUCAUCCCGCCAUCCUGAUAUAUUUAGUACACAUUCGUUCAUCUGAUGUUUUCUUUUUUUCCGUUUCUUUUGAGUCCUGGCCAUUAUUGCUGCAAUGUAAUUAUCCAGAAUGUUGCUGAUUUUCUUGAAAACUCGUGUACAUAAUGAUGCUCAGGGAGAUGUGAGUUUUUGUCGUAGUUUAGUAAUAGUUUGGUUGAUUCUUGUAUACACAUUGUUAUUAUUUCUGGCGUGAGCGUGAUUGAAGAGAAUUAGAAAGUACACAAGCUCAAUCAUGUUGUCGUCUAAGUACAAAAAUCUGCAAGUGGGGAAGAUGUUGCCAUUUUUUUUUUAA